CAGUUGUCGAUGUCCGCUGGACGUUGUUAUAACCAGGACCUUUGAAAACGGAACUGCGCCAUAUUGGCUGACUGAGGAUGAGUGCGACUGCCAAGAGCUGGUCGUCUUUGUACAGAUUCACGCUGGGAUGACUCUCAAAUGGAUACCGCGGAGUAUAAUGGCGCCAGAAUCAGGCUAUCAAAGGUGAAUCAGCACAUGUCAUACUGGAAACUACUGCUCAUACUACUGUGGCUGCUUUCAACGUGGUCAGAUGCCAACGACCAAUCGGGGCAAGUGACUUGUUAUACUGGCGCUAAUUGUGAUAUAACCUGGACAGAUGACGUUCCUCCAUUCAUUGUAGUUCAAUGGUAUUUCAACGAUACACAGAUUGCACAGACGUACAAUGAAUCAUUGUCACAGGACACACUGAUAAUCAACAAAAACUACAUGGGCCGUUUUCGACUGAAUAGGACUGACAGCGUUGGAUUUAAUAUAAAGGGUGUGAAGGAAAAUGACACAGGGGAGUACAAGUGCCUCGUCACCUUGCAAGGCACUGGUGACGUGAAUGUACGGAAGUGCCUUUUAAAAGUAGAAGGAUACAACGGAACAAAGAUACAAUCGGAUGAGGUUGAACGGUCUACUAGAUCUGGUGAAGAAGAACACCCUCCUGUCUCUGACUCUCCGGGGACUGCUAACCCUGCCGUUGUUGUCCCUGUUGUCAUCGCCGUCAUCGCCGUCGUCGCCGUCGUUGUUGCUUUUGUGGUUAUCAGGAAGAAACGCAAAUCCACUGGUGAAAAUCAGAAUGUUCGCUCAGAAGAGAAACCAGUUAGCGAAUCACACGAACUAUUGGAACAGGAAAUCAAGCCACCAGUUACAGUGGCAAAUGACCAACAAAGGUGUACGGAUGCACUUCAUUCGGACAAGUUAGAUCCCACUGCUUUGGGGCAAUUGGCAACAUACACUUACUUCUACAUGCAAAUGAUUGGUGCUAACCCCGAAAUCACAUGAUAACCUGUUUCGUCAACCAUUUGAUGUCAUCACUCAUUAUCAUUAAUUUUUCCUAUCAAUUUUUUCCCCUUGUUAUUCUCUUUAACUACGGAAGCGUAGCAGGGCCACGGUAAAAGAAGAAUGGUCUCACUAUCUCCUACGUAGGACAUAAUAUCUCCCACGUAGGAUUUAGUAUCUCCUACGUAGGAGAUAAUGAGACUAAAAAAAAUCACAUGUGGCCCUACUAUGCUUGUGUACGUAACUCCAAAUAGUAUCUGUUUCUACAGAUCGUAUAGACUUAUCAUUUUUUGGCAAUGACAUGUUAUAUUGUCUAUUUUUGUCUUUGAAUCACUGUCACAAACUGAUGAUAUAAAAUGUUCGCGAAAACGUGGUGGUACUUAGAACUUUGAAGACUUCUGCUUAUAUCGACCGUUCGACGUAGAUUCGUACCCAGUUAUUAAGUUAAAAAGAUUACAACCUAGUUAGGAUAUAUGUAUGAAUAUGUGCCGAUAAGUAUACUCAUAGGAUAAUAAAUAUAAUGAAGCUAUGGCUUGAGAUGGUAUGUCAUAUCCUGAAUCACUGUUUGUCAAAGUUUGUGACGGUGGGUUUUUAGAGCCCCUGAGAGUGUUUGUGUUUUUCGUCUAUGUUUGGUCGAGCGAGUAUGGAUUUAGUCAAACUGAUUCUGAUGGCUGGUGGGUUGAGAGGGCUGAUGGUCCUGCUGCCUUGACUGUAGAAGGAUUAUCUUCUGAGAUGUUGAAAUCUGUCCACUAUUCGGUAGAUUUCAUCGGGAAACCAGACACCACAGUCACAAUUAUACCGGUCACUACAUCUCUGUUAGAGGAUGGGUUGCAGCUAUUAACCUGCAAAUGUCAUGUAUCAGCAGGUCAUAAUUUGAAACGUGGGUCUCAUUUCAUGAAAUUUCAUAAACAUUUCCAGUUAGUUGAUUGGCUGUAAAUUAGAUAUUCAGCACUUACGAUGAAUCAUGAUUGGUGUUGCAUGUCCAGGCCACUUUGAAGGUCAGUCGAUUAUUUAGUGACUUCAGCAAUAUGUCAUUCAGACGGUAUAAUGAGUUAGAUAAGGAUACUUCAUAUUGGUCACACCAUCGAUUACUAAAACAAGUAAUAUUGGUUUUUAUUGAAGGUAUAGGUGUCAGGUGUCAACUACUUAUAACUUAUGUUCCGAGUUAGAAACGGUCUUCAGCAACCCACGUUUGUCGUUAGAGGGGAGCUGCGGGAUCAGGCUUGCCUUGGUUGACACGUGUCAUAGUGUACCAACUGCGUGGAUCGAUGUUCUUUAUAUCAAUCACUGGAUUGUCUGGUGCAGACUCAGUCAUGCAGCGGGAAUGUUGUUCAGUAAAGUGUCAAACAACAAACAACAAAAGUGUCACGUGGACCUCCCAAACCCCCAGUUAACAUUAUAUCUUGGUUUGCUAUGUCGGGUCCUAUUUUCAGAAGAAUAUCGAUUACCACCGAUGAACUUCAAGGUCACAGCAAUCAUCACUGCCAUAUUUCAAAACUGCCAUAUUGGUAAUUUUCAUUUCGUAUUAAUACAAUGUGAAACUAUUUUCAGUGAUUAACCUUGAAUCGAUACGGGAUAACUUGCAAUGUCACACCGAAAGACUUCAAUAUACUUUUGAACUUUUUGCACUGUGCUAUGUUUGUAAUUGCUGAAUUGAUGGUAAAGGUCAGAAGGCCAUAUGCUUUUGUAGGCAUUGAAUGUUAGCUUUCAAGAUCUACUACAUGAAGUAUUUUCUUCAAGACCGGAAAAUUGUGUUUCUAAUGGAAGCGGGAAAGAAAGGUAGAUAGUGGUAGUUAGCAGCAUCAAAGUUACAUUGCUUGUUUGUAAUGCAUAGAGAUUACUAGCAAGCAAAAUGAUCAUAGGUAUCUGUCAUAUCAGAAUACCCAAAAUGAACAUAGAUGUCUGUCAUAUCAGAAUACCUUUGUUGGGCAUGUUUUAUAACAAAUCAUUCGCGCAUUUGUGUUUUGCUGCAACAGUAAGAUAUGUAAUUCCUUAUUCACUCAAUAAUAUUGUCUCCAUUUGGACAAUAAUUGUCUGUGUUUCUUAUGUGAUGAUCUAUAGAUACGCGAUCCCCAGUUUUCAACCUAUUGCUUAAAUCGCCAAAGGGAACUGCAUUUAUUAAAAGGCCAAUCAAAUACGUAUAAGAAAUUGCUUGGUUUGGAUAAUCAUAAAACAAACCUGAUAUAUAUCGCGGUCGAGAAAAAAACUCCAAAAAUUUUUGUUUGUUUUUUAGUAUAUUGAUGUAAAUGCUUUCCUGUGAUUUUAUAUUGUGUGGUGUGUGUUUGCAUUUUAUAUAAUCUGGAACACUAUGAAAACGCAAUUUAAUUCAGAAAUGAUUUAAUGGGAAACUUGAAUAGAGACAGUUAAGAUUCCUUGUGUGAUUUUCAUUUGCAUGUUUAUCAAAAGAAAUGUACCUGUAUUGUGACGUUACAUUUGAUAACAUAAUGAUUAUUAACAUACAGUUUACAUUGUUUGCCAUGCACCAUACAUUCAACAAAAAAGCAUUAAUAUUAAGAGGAACGUGAAAAUUGUGUUUUCAAAGGUUUUAGAUAUUUCCACUCUUUGAAUCGUUUGAUUUAUCUUAAUGUUUACCAUGCCUUUACAAUUGCUUAGUAGAAUAGGUGUUAGUCUCGUUUUACAGUUGUUAUUCUGUACUUUUCUUUCGUUUUUCAAGUUACAUCUGUGAGCUUUCCUCGAUCAUUUUAUGGCCAGGAUUUAUCAAACGAAUCUGCAUUAGGUAUCCAGUUUCGAAGCCAACGUUUUCUAAACUCCAAACAGAAAACAAAUAUGGGACAUUCGGAAUUUGAGAUUGGAUUGAGAUUAUUCUGUUUGGAAGGAAUGAAAUGACAUGACAAAAUAACGAUAAAGAUACAAUAUAAUUGUAACUAAUUCAGUGUUUGCUUUACAUUUUCUUUUCAGCUCCCUCUUCGUUUGUUAUUCAAGGAUAUUUAACUCAGACUUAACGUAUUAAGGUGUUUGCUUCCACCAAUGCUUUGUAACAGCCUGUAGAAAUUAAUUUGAAAUAAAGACGAGUGUUGCUCACAA